AAAAGGCUUUAUAGGAAAAGAAAAAAAAAAGUGGUUUAGACAUCAUGCUGCCUCUCCGCAUGUCUGAAGGACAUUUACAUCACACGUGGUAUCUGUUAAUAUUCUCGCAGGUCGCACCGAUUGAUUUCUGAAGUUGCGAGGCAAAAUCACAAAAUGUGGACGUAAAUAGUAAAUACUGUUUCUUGCUUUACUUGUCCCAUUCUUGAUUCUUCAGAGGGUAAAGAAAACAUGUUUAAAGCUGUGUUAAUUGCUCAACGUGAACUUUAUGUAUGUGUUAGUUUGUAUUUUUGUGUAGGAGAUGGCAAACCAAUUGCGUUGGUACGUAAUUGUGUCUCAAGUAAAGGAAACGUGAUUUGAUCGAUUUGACGUUGCUCCUACCCCCAUGCCUCAAAUUCGAAGUCAUUGUCUUCUUCAAAAUUUAUUGUUCCUUUUCGUUUUUAGCUUACAACUUUUAGCAAAUGAUCAAGUCCACUAUUAAUUAUGCUAUUAGAACGGUAAAUUAAAGGAAAAUGAAAACUCAUUUCCCACUGUUUAAACUUUAAACUAUUUACUUAAAUUCAGAAAUCCUUUGUUUCACCACUCAAUUGCCGCCGUUGGUUUCGUCUCACGCGUAUCAACGAGAAGUUUCUUCCUCUUCUAUUCCUUUGUCUUUGUCCAUGGCGCCGCUCGUAGCAGGUCCAGAUUCUCUUCCACUCCCUCUCUCAGAUCCACCAGAUUCGAAUUUGAAGGUUGCUCUCCCGUCAAAUCCUCUAGAUCCACCGGUUCCUCCUGACCCUCCACCUGAUACUCUAGUUACGGGUUUUCUUUGGUUGUACGAUUUUUGGGCCACAGUUACCUUUCCCCAUAAGUUCUCUAAUCCAAAGCUAGGUUUGAUGAUUUCAUAUGAACUGGGUUUGUUGAAUCCGAGCUUUUCUCUGUUAGUCCCAACUGUUUUGGUCGCAUUUAGUUAUUCUAUUGUGGCCUUUGUUAGUACCUUUGUGGUAUAUGUGUGGUCCUUUACUGCAGUAUGCAGUUGUCCAUUUACUGCGGUAUGCAGAUGUUGUCCUUUUACUGCAGUAUGCAGGCUUCCUUUCACCUUUGCCCUAAUGGCUUUUGCAAUGAUAAGGCAUUCUCUCCUCUUGUGGCAGCUUGGAGUGAAAGUUCUCAAGUUAUGUAUCCUUCCAGCAAAUCUGGUUUGUUUGGGCAGUAAUUGUCCCCCUUUCUCCUUUAAGGAGUGUUUCGUCCUCCCACAUCUAUCACUUGUUAUUAGGAAAAUUGUUAUAGGGAGCAUUGUUUUGAAGAUGGUUCUGUUUGAAACAGAAGUGAAGAUGUUUAUCGUCUCUUGUUUAGGUGGUGUCAACUGUCUGACCUUUUUGACCAUGGAGGUUUUCAUCUCUCCCCUUUAUUGUUUCGAACAGGAAUGUCAAUUUGAAGAAGUUUUCUUGAUUGACUGCCCUCUUUCGGAGACACCGGUGGUUGAACUCGUGAUAUCACCUCUAUCUUUAAGUUUUUAUUUGAGUACUUGUUGUUUAAGCUUUCUUAUUUGCUUGUCCAGUGUAUUGGUCUAUGCUUUGGUUUGUUUGGCUCCAUGUAGCCAUAUUGUAUCCUCCAUUGAUGGAGUUGAACUCUUUUAAGUUUCAAUGAAAGUUGUUUGAACAAAAACAAAAAAAAUUCAGAAAUCCUUUAUAUUGUAAUGCUUUUAGGCAAAAGCAAAAGCUUUUUGAUUCAAAAGCAAGUCAUCCACAGGCUUUGUUUGCCACCACUUCUCUACUUUUAAAUAUUCUUGCUCUCGUAUUUUUUAUUAAAUUAUACAAUACACAAACAAGUAUGGUAGCUUUUAACACGCACACAUACAUACAGUCAUACAACUAAACAAUUUUUUUUUCUGGCUCCCUAGUCAGAGGAACUACUUGUCUUCAUAUCCCCAAGAAUUUUCAGACCGCGAAGAGAAAGUGAAGGAAGUGUCACCACCUCGUGGUAAAGGGUUGCGGGAAGAAAAACAAGACAGACCACAAAACUUUUCUAAAAGAGAUGUCAGGCUAUAUGGCCUUGACAAACUUUAGACAGAACAAAAGUGAAACUGUUUCGAGGCAAUAUGAAACCGACCCUUCACUUGAUGAAAACAUUGAUGCACUGCUGGAGGUAAAAUUCUCACUUAGACCUCUAAAACAUGAGCAAUGGUAGAAUUUGUGGUAAUAUCUCUGUUUAUGUCUUAUCAUAACCACCACCGCAUAAGUUUAGCAGGAAGAGGAAGCUAUGAUGGCUGCACACCGAAAAGAAAAAGAGGAUACACUGAGAUUGUUCGCGAGGAGAUGAAGCUUCUAGGGGGGAAGAACAACCAGGAAGCCUGAUAGAAAGCUAUGUAAAGCAAUUGAGCUUUGUCUUGUUCCGGAAAGCAGCCGGGCUUGUCAGUCUCCAAGCCAAGUUUGCUCGGUCUAUAAUAUACAAUCAAUGUGAAUCAAAAACUAUAUUCUCAGUCUACUGAAAAAGAAUUCACCAUUUAUUGAGUGAAAAUAUUUUGAAUCUAACCAUAUUACAAGAUUUUUGCCGCAUUCAUCAUAACUAGUAUCAUGUUUAAAAAAAACUAGUAUCAUGUUUAAAAAAAACUAGUGUCAUGUUUUAAAAAAAAACUAGCAUCAUGUUUGUUGGAAACAAGUUCACGAAUCUAACAUUUAACCGGAGAUAGUACACAGGACUGGCCUAAAUCUAAAAGACAACAAAAAUCAUCAUGGUUUAUUUUGAACCUGUCACAUGUAAACUAACAUUGGCCUGGUCUAAGCCUGUCCAGUCCAUCCUUAUUAGAGAAAGCUCAGAGAGCUCUAAUUGGGUCCAAAUGAGCUGUUGUCUGAUCCCAAAGAAAUCAAUGCCAGCUACUAAGAUUGAUGUAACCAUUCGAAUCUACCUAAAAUGAAAUUCUUAUGAAAAGAAAAUGCUACUUGUACAGAGAACUUGUAUUAAGGAUAUGGGAAAGCAAAGUCCGCGUGACAAGGACGUGGGAGAUGUAGUUGUCGUUUCUUGUUUUGUAAUGCCCAUGAUAGAGACUUUCUAAUUUCCAUAUAGUAUUAUAUUUGAGCUUCAUUAUUGGAUCAAUAUUACAUAAUAAUUCGAAUGUAUAAUAAUUAUUCCAAAUCGGUGAUGAGUUUUGUUUGCCUCUGGGCUGUGGGCUGUGAGUGAGGGAUGGGAGAGAGAUGUGGUCCAAAUUGCCUUUGCGUCAUUUCUU